UUAACAACUGUGUAAAGUUAGACUAUUUUUUCACACAGUCCAAUGCUUGUGCGAAUUCUUUGUUUUUUUAAUGUAAUAUUCUUAAAGAAAACUUUUAACAUUUUUCAAUUAAACAAUUUAUUUUUUUAAUACUUUCACGAGGGUCAUGUUACCCUCGACGGGUUUAUUUAAAAGUUACGUAUGUCCCUAUUACGAUGGGACUACCGCAACGAGUACACGUAAUGACAUUGAAUCGGGGGUCACUGCGGCAACAACAUGUCAUCGACCCUACUGUCACUUUAGGCAUGUUCGAAAAGAAGUUGUGGAUAAGAAAACCAUUGUGGCAACAGCAGCCGUGCAGCCUGCACCGGAAUAUAAGGCUACGCCAAAACUAUUAGCUUUGCCUCUGCCGGAAUUGCCGUUACCAACAGCCGUAAAGAAGAAAACAAAAAAGUUAGAAUACCAACCAGAAAAACCAGCUAUUAACGCUUCGCCGUCAAAAAAACGUAAAUCUCUUGAUUCUGUGCCCGUGUAUAUCCCAGCUCCCACUUCAAAGUAUCUCGAUGACAACAGCCAAGAAAGCGUUAAUAUAGAUCUAGAUGAUUGCAAUGAUGAGUUAAACGAAUUGACUGGAAUUAUCGAUAAUGAAGAUUUGGGGGAGGCGUCUAAAUUGCCCAAUGACGAUGAUGAAUCACGGGAUUCAGUAGUAAAAGAAAUAAAAAAAGAAAAAAUCAGUAACGAAGAUUCUAAAGAUAAAGAAGAGGAACCAAAAAGGGGAAACAGCAACAGUGAAAGUUUGGACAGAGAUAAACAUAAACGAAGGGAUUCGUCAACGUCAUCUAUUUCUCAUAGUAGACACAAACAUCACAAAUCUUCUUCUAGGUCGAAAGAUGGGACGGAAACAUCUAAAAUAAAAAAAGAGGAUGAUAAGCGGAAAGACAAAGAUUCUAAACACCGCGAUAGAGAAAGAGGCAAAGAGGAUAAACAAGAACACAAAUCAUCAUCUUCAAAACAUAAAUCGUCUUCAUCAUCCCACAAAUCAUCAUCAAGGGAUAAAGAUAGUAAAGACUCGAAAUCCAAAGUGUCAUCUUCUUCAGCUUCGACAGACAGAAAACAUCACUCUUCUUCAUCUACCUCCUCUUCCUCUAGAACUAAAUCUUCGUCUUCUAAACCGUCCUCUUCUACUACUUCUUCAAGUAAACAUUCUUCAGCUUCAUCAUCUAGUGAUAAGAAAUCUUCAAAACAACAAUCUUCAUCUUCUUCAACUUUAAAGACUGAAAAUACAGAUUUGUUGACAGAGGACACAGCAAUAUUUGCUACCACAGAGGAGGAUAUUAUGAAAGAAUGUGAAAUGAUAUAUGAUCAAUUAGAGCAAGAAUUUGCUUCUCUACAUCAAGGCGGAGCGGCUAGAGAAAAGGCUAAAGUAGAUGCAGAAAAGGCAAAGGAGGCAUUAAAACGUAAAGCUUUAGAUGAAGAAGAUCUGUUAAACGCUCCCAGCAGAAAACGAGUUGCAUAUGAAAAUGCAGACAAGCAUAAGAAUCAUGUGCCGGUUACCGUAUCCAAACCAGAUCAUCGAAAAAAUGCUAUGCAGGCAAUUUUUGACCGCAAAGAAACAAUUAAACGUAAACAAGAAGAUGAGGCUGUGGCAGCCGCAUCUGCAUUAAGAGAAGCUGAGGAAAAAGUUCGCGAAGCAAAUGAAGCCUUGCGAAAAGUAAAAGAAAAAACACUUACACCACUCGUACCAAAAACCUACUUAACACCACCCUCAAAACAAAUAGGUCGCUCAAUGAUUGCUCCCGUUGCAAACAUUAUUGCUCUUGAACGAGCUAAAAAGAAAGUCGAAGAAUUAAGAGCAGAAAAAAGACCAGCUUUUACUCCAGCACAAACCAGUAGGGCUGGCUCUCGAGUAGCUCACAAAAUCACUGCAAAGGCUACUGCAACUGAGGCAACCAAAGAACCUAAACCACCCGUGUUGGAAGCAAAUUCUACAAAAAUUUCAUAUAACAUACGUAUGCAGUAUUAUGAUAUGAUGGUUAAACAUUGCCUGGCUAUGUAUCCAAAUACAACUGAUGCUUGGGAAAGGGCUCAAACAGAAGAAUUGGCGGCUUUUAGGAAAUGCAAUACUCCAGUUAUUUAUAAAAGUAGUGCUAUGUUAGCUAUAAAUAAAUUAAGAAAAGAAGCCACAGAUUCUGGUAAUAAACCAUCAAAUGCUAAUAAAAUAAUAUCUCAUGAAGUGGUAUUGGCGGGUAAAUUAGCAAAUAAUACAUCGUGGAGUGUACAAAAGAAAAUCAAAAAUGAUGCAUCAGCAGGUGGUGAGCCAUUUGAUAAGUUAUCCAGCGAUAAAGCUUAUGACAUGGUCUAUGAUCUACGAUUAACCGAAGAGCAACUAGUAGCAAACGGUUAUCCCAGGCCAGGCAAAAAGCCAGGUACAGCAAAAAUACAAUGUACAAAACCAAUGCGUAGACCAAAUGACACCGAACGCUACUGCGGCCGUUGUGGUAAAGUAUUCAAUCUACAAAUGUACGAUGAGGUGUGUGUGGACGAGUGCAAUUAUCACCCCAAGGGUACAGGAUACAGAAGAGGUUUUGCUGACAAUCAUCAUCGUUGCUGUCAACAACCAGCUGGCACACCAGGUUGCAGUUAUGCCAAUUAUCAUGUCACUGACUUUGUAGAUAUGGAUAAUCUUACCGGCUAUGUGACCACCAUUGAUAAGGCCGAACUGCCAGAUGGCACAGAAUAUGUACCAACGAAAAAGGAUAUUUAUGCUUUAGAUUGUGAAAUGUGUUAUACCACCUAUGGUAUAGAAUUGACACGUGUCACUGUUGUUGAUAUUAAUUCUCGGACGGUUUAUGAUGCUUUGGUUAAGCCAGAUAACAAAAUUAUUGAUUAUAAUACUGUUUACUCUGGCAUAACCGAACAAAUGCUGUCAAAUGAAACUCGUACAUUGCGAGAUGUUCAAGCGAUACUAAUGUCUAUGUUUCACUCCAAAACUAUACUAGUCGGUCAUAGUUUGGAUAGUGAUUUGAAAGCAUUAAAAUUAAUACACGAUGUAGUUGUUGAUACCUCUGUGCUGUUUCCACAUAAAAUGGGCCCACCCAAAAAACGUGCACUUAAAACUUUAUGCAUAGAAAAUCUAAAAAGAAUUAUACAAGAAAAUGAAGCCGGUCACGACAGUGCUGAAGAUGCUGAAGUCUGUAUACAAUUAGUGAAAUUUUAUUUACGCAACAAAAUAAGUUGAGAACUUUUCUCAGGUACCAUGUAUUUUUCACAACUUUGUUUCAUUGUAAAAUUUAACAAAUCAAUCAUUGCUUUUCUUAUUUUUGCGAACAAACUUAAAAGAUUUACCCUAAUUUCAACAAAUUAUUUAGAAAUGUUUAUGCCUAUGAACCUAAUUACUUAUUCCUUAUUUGAAUUUUUUUAGUUAAUUAUUAUUUUUAUGGAUUCUCAGUUACAUUCUUCUUUUUUUCCAUUUAUUUUUUACAAUAGUUUUUAGUUGCCUUCGUAAUUUUUACGAAGUUCAGAAAUGAUCUUUAAAACGAAUUAUAAAAUGAAAUAUAUAAAUAAAUAAACAUUAAAAAAUGUUUUAAAAUGA